GUUUUCUCCUAGACGUGGUGACAACUACUGACAAGCAAAAAAGUAAAAUCUGUAUAAAAUCAACGAUUCAAAUCGGAAUAAAAAACAAAAAAUUAUUAAAAAAGUAACCAAACUGACAAACAAGUGAACAAAAUAAAUAAAAUAAAGAAUCUAUAAUUUCUUCAACUUCAAUAAGGGAAUGUUCUCAUCUGGCUCACCUGUAAGAAUGAAUGUUAUGCAGCAAUCCACAUCCAAUUUUUCCUACGGUGAACGCCCUCAAAUGGGUUUAGAUGUCGAAUUCGGAGCUGAUCCAGCUUCCGGUGGUUUCUUCAAUACCGAUUAUAAAAAACAUGAUGAUUUAAAACAAAUGUUAGAUAGUAAUAAAGAUGGACUAAAACUGGAAGCAAUGAAAAGAAUUAUAAGCAUGUUAGCAAGAGGUCGUAAUGCAUCUGACUUAUUUCCAUCUGUUGUCAAAAAUGUUGUCUCAAAAAAUAUCGAAGUAAAAAAAUUAGUUUAUGUUUACUUAGUUCGAUAUGCUGAAGAACAACAAGAUUUAGUUUUACUAUCAAUUAGCACUUUUCAAAGAGGUUUAAAAGAUCCAAAUCAAUUGAUUAGGGCAAGUGCAUUGCGAGUGCUUUCAAGCAUUCGAGUGCAAAUGAUUGUGCCAAUUGUCAUGUUGGCAAUAAGAGAUUCUUCUUCGGAUAUGAGUCCGUAUGUUAGGAAGACUGCUGCGCAUGCAAUUCCUAAAUUGUAUUCAUUAGAUCCUGAACAAAAGGAUGAAUUGGUUUUGAUUAUUGAGAAACUUUUAUCCGAUCGAACCACUCUCGUGGUGGGAUCGGCUGUAAUGGCUUUUGAAGAAGUCUGCCCGGAGAGGGUUGAUUUGAUUCAUAAAAACUUUCGAAAGCUUUGUAAUCUUUUGGUCGAUGUUGAUGAAUGGGGUCAAGUCAUUAUUAUUAAUAUGUUGACGAGAUAUGCCCGAACCCAGUUUACUAAUCCAAAUGCCAAUGAACUUAAAGAUGGUUUGGGUACAGAGAAUUCUGAAAAAUUCUAUGACCACAACGAUGAUGAUGAGAAUUCAUCGGAUGACGAUAAAAAGAAAAAACGACGAUCAUCCUCAAAGGCAACUAUUUGCUCAUUAGACUUGGAUCAUCGUUUGUUAUUACGUCAAGCGAAACCAUUGUUACAAAGUCGUAAUGCUUCAGUGGUUAUGGCUGUGGCACAGCUCUACCAUCACGUUGCUCCACAUAAUGAAGUUAAUAUCAUCGCACAAUCGUUGAUUCGUUUGCUUCGUGGUCAUAAAGAAGUCCAAAGUAUUGUAUUGACUUGCAUAGCAUCGAUGUCAACAAAAAGGAAGUCAAUAUUUGAACCAUAUUUGAAAUCAUUUUUUGUCCGGACAAGCGAUUCAACACAUAUUAUGUUGUUGAAGUUGGAGAUUUUAACUAAUUUGGCAUCGGUUACAAAUACUCCGAUGCUAUUGAGAGAAUUUCAAACUUAUAUUAAUAGCAGUGAUCGGGUAUUUGUUGCUGCAACAAUUCAAGCAAUUGGACGGUGUGCAAAUUCGAUUAAAGAGGUGACUGAUACUUGUUUAAGUGGAUUGGUGCAGUUGUUGUCGAAUAAGGAUGAACAUAUUGUCGCUGAAAGUGUAGUUGUCAUCAAGAUGCUCUUGCAAACUAAAGCAGCUCAACAUUUUGAAAUAAUCUCUCAGAUGGCUGGUCUUCUUGACUUUAUCACUGUUCCAGCUGCACGAGCUUCAAUUCUCUGGCUUAUUGGUGAAUAUAAUGAAAAAGUACCGAAAAUUGCCCCCGAUGUUUUAAGAAAGUGUGCAAAAACUUUCUGUGAUGAGGAAGACGUUGUAAAACUUCAAGCUCUCAAUCUAAGCAUGAAACUUUAUUUGGUCAAUCCUCAACAGACAUCUCUGCUUUGUCAAUAUGUUUUCACUUUGGCACGUUACGAUGCUAACUACGAUGUUCGUGAUCGUGCUCGUUUUUUGCGUCAAUUUAUUUUCCCUGCCCAUGACCUUAGCACAAUAUUCUCGAAAAAUGCCCAUAGCAUCUUUUUGUCCCCAAAACCAGCUCCAGCAUUGGAAGGAAAAUAUCAAGGCAGAGAUCAUUUUCAACUUGGUUCUCUGUCACAUUAUUUGAAUAUGCGCGCCAAUGGCUACAGAGAUUUGUCUGAUUUUCCCCGAGUUGCUUCCGAUUCAACGCUUCGUAAUACUGUACCCUAUGAAGAUGAACUUCAUGCACAGCAAAACUCAUCUCAAGAAGUAGUAGACGCUGGCAAAGAAGGAAAAUAUUUUACAAACAAAAAAGAUCAACAUUCCGAAUCUUCGGAUGAAUACAGUUCGAGUGAAGAAUCAUCUGCCGAAGAUGAAGGUACUGUCAAAAAGACAGUCACCACAGAACAAAAGAAAUCAGAUGAAGAUUCUGAUACUGAUGAUCAUUCAACAACGGUCAGCAGUACCUCUCAAUCCAGUUCGGAUGAUUCUUCGUCUUCAGACAAAGGAAGCUCCGAAUCGGAAUCCGAAAGCGAAACUGAAAAGGCUGACGACAAAAAUCCAGCCCCUCAGCCGCAGCCUGUGAGUGAAUUAGAUCUUCUCCUAGAUUUAGGUGACAUUCCAACUGGAGGAACUAUCAUGACUCCAUCGCAAGGUGGAGUUUUAUCACCAGGAACUCCAGGAACUGGCUUAUAUUCUCUUGUAGAAGUCAACCAUAUCGAUCUAGUGGGUCCGUCCUAUAUUAAUCACAACCAUUUGACACUUCUGAAUAAGCUAUCUGGCAAUGGUCUGGGUGUUACUUAUCGCUUUACUCGUUCCCCGCAUCUUUUCUCAUCUUGUAUGGUGUCAAUCGAGUUAGUUUUAACCAAUCAUUCCAACGAAGAAUUACUAAAUAUUCAAAUGGCUCCACCGAAAUCACUUCCAUCUGGUAUGAAUGUCAAAGAAAUCGAUCCGAUUCCAAACCUACAGCCGCAACAAAGUGCAACUCGUCUUUUGGGUCUCGAUUGUAAAGAUUCAACUCAAGUUGUUGAUCUUGAAAUCCAGUCGAACAAGGGUAGUGUCAAAAUCUCCCUUAAGACACCCAUUGGAGAGCUUAUUCGAUCGGUUUAUACUGAAGAGAAAUACUUCCGUGAAGAAUGUCAAAAAUUACGUGGAAUGAAUGAACAUCAGUGUAACGUACCAUGCCAAUACACUGAUGACCAAAAAUCACUAAAAACGAAAAUAUUCCAAAAACUAAAUGUGGCCAGCAUUAAAAGCUCUGAUCCAGAUUCAAUGUACUUUGUUGGUCAAACAUUGUCAUCAAAGAGUUUAGUGCUUAUUUCAUUUAUGCUAUUGCCGAAUGAUGUCAAGGUUUUGGUUAAUUGUGAAAAGAUGGUUAUUGCAUCGAUGGUGCUCAAUGAAAUUCGAAAUGCAAUUACUGGACAAAAUUGAGCAUUUUAGUCUUAAAAACUUAACACUUAGCUUACUUAAAUAUACUUGUUUAUAUGCUUUUUUCAUGACUUAAACGUAAUAAAAAUACUAUUUGUGUCAUAUUCA